AACGACCGCCCGCUGCCGCACAACCUGCUUGCACAGUUCGUCAGGAGCAUGAACCACUCGAGCAACGAGGUGAAGCAGCUGAUGGCGCGGGCGAGCGCGAUGCUGGGCCGCGAGGCGCCGCUGGAGGCGUGCGGCGGCGAGCUGCUGCGCGCGCUGCUGCCCGCGCUCGUCAACGGCACCAAGGAGAAGAACACCUAUGUCCGCGCCAACUCGGAGCUCGCCCUGCGCGCCGUGCUGCGCCUGCCGCACGACGACCACUUCCACCAGAAAUGCCUAUUGCUGCUGGAGGAGGGCGCGCGCGAGGCGCUGAGCGACGUGGUGGCGCGCGUGCUGCGCCGGGCGCACGGGGACGCGCGCGACGCCCGCGACCGCGACGAGGAUCUCGACUGCACGCUGCUCACCUGAGCUGACUGCCACCUCACUAUAUCAUAAUAUAAAUAUCUAUUGUUAAUCGAACUA